AUGCCGAGCUCUCAAAAUAAGUCUAAUUUGGGAAAUUUCCCAAAUAACCCCAAUUUAGGAGUUUUUCCAAACCUUCCAAAUAUUCCAGGCUUCCCAACCCUUCCAAAUGUUGGAUUAAAUAAUAACUCAAUGAUAAAUAAUAGUUCAUUUAUAAAUAACAAUGCCAUACCACUUCCUUUUUUACCAGGAAUAAUCCCCAAUAUUAAUCCAAGUUAUGAAAAUUUCAAUCAAUUAAUACAUCCUCAAAACAAUAAUAUGAAUGUUCCUCUUCCUCCGAGUAACCCAAGCAUAUUAGGUGAUAUGAUGAAAAUGUAUAAUAAAGAUUUUAUGUUAAAUAAUUCAAAUCAAAUGAUAAAUAAUAAUUUAGUAAAUACAACAAAUAAUAUUCCAUUAAAUUUUAUGACCAAUUUUAAUGUAAAUAAUCAUGGAUGGUGUGAAAUGGUGGCAAAAAAUGGAAGAAAAUAUUAUUAUAAUACAAUAACUAAAAUUUCAAAAUGGGAUAAACCAGAUGAACUCAAAACUAAACUUGAGUUAAGAAUUUCUCAAAAUACAAAAUGGAAAGAAUAUUUAUGUAGCGAUGGAAGGAAAUAUUGGCAUCAUGAAGAAACAAAUAUAAGUGUAUGGGAUGAACCUGAAGAAAUAAAAAAAAUUAGAUUAGAAUGUGCAUCAGAGGAAAAUGAAAAUAAUAUUGAUACAAAAGAUAGUGAAUCAAAUACAGAAAAAGUGAAUAAAAAUCAAACAUCUUUAAAUGAAAUAAAAAAUAAUGAUAGUACAAUUUUAGGAAGUAAUACUCCUAUUAUUGACAAUAUUAAUGAUUAUACAAAAAUAAGUAUAGAAAAUAAAACAAAUUUUGAUAAUAUUAAUAAAAUAAAUAAUGAAAAACGUGGAAAUAUAAUAAACAAUAACAAUAAUAUUAAUAUUAAUAAUUCUGGAAAAUGGAUAAAAUUUGAAAAUAAAAAAGAUGCAAGAGAGCAUUUGAAAAUAUUAUUUGAAGAAAAAAAUAUACAUCCAAAGUUACCAUGGGAAAAUGCUUUAAAAAUUUUAGAAGAGGAUAAUAGAUGGCAAACUUUAGUAAUACUUACAAAAGGGGAAAAAAAACAAUUAUUUUCUGAAUAUACUAGCCAAGCUAUUAAAAAAUCUGCUGAAGAUGGAAGAAGAAAAAGACAAAAAUCUCGAGAACUAAUUUUUCAAGCAUUAGUAUGUUGGGAUAAAUUGAAUGAAAGAACAACUUAUGUCGAUUUUGCUACAGAAUUUCAUAAUGAGGUAUGGUGGAAUUGGAUUAGUGAAACUGAAAGAGAUGAAAUAUUUCAAGAUUUUUUAGAUGAUUGUAAACAAAAGUUUAAGGAAGAAAGACGAAAAAAAAGAAAAGAAAAAUCUGAAAUUUUAAAAGAAAAGUUUCAAAAGUAUGCAGAUGAAAAUAACUCACUCAAAUGGGAAGAUGUUCAAAAUUAUUUUAAUAACGAUGAAGAUUUUAAUUCAAUACAUAAAAUUGAUGUUUUAGCAGCUUGGGAAAGUUUUUAUGAAAAAUAUUAUAAUAAUGAAAAAAAUGAACUUAAAAAAAAAGUACUUCGAAUUUUACGAAAAAAAAGAGAUUCAUUUAUUGAGUUAUUAAAUGAAUAUCAUGAAAAAAAUAUUUUAAAUAUGAAAACUGAAUGGAUUUUUUUUGUUUCUAAAAUUUAUAAAGAUGGCCGAUAUACAGAUUUAUUAGGUCAUCAAGGUUCAACACCAAGAAUAUUAUUUGAUGAAUUUACUGAUGCAUUAAAAGAACAAUAUUUAAGACAUAAAUAUUAUAUAAAAAGUUCUUACAAGGAAAAUAAUUGGACAAUAGAUGAAAAUACAACUUUUGACGAUUUUGUGAAAUUUUUUGCAAAUACUCAAAAGGAAUAUAAUAUUCCUGAAAUAAAUAUGAAUUAUAUAUAUGAAUCAUUACAAAAAAAAUUCAAAGAAAAGAAAAAAAAAAAUUUAAAGCGAAUUAACAAAGUAGCUAAAUUCCUAUUAAAGCUACCUGAACUUAAACCAAAUAUGACAUACAAUAAAGUUAUAAGUAUAAUUAAAAACUCAAGUAAAUGGGAAGCUAUCUCUGAUUUAUGUCCAAAGGAAGAGCACAAACUAGCUGCUUAUGAUAUAUGGAAAUCAAAUGUAAAUUCAAAAAAAAGGGCUUUAUCUACUGAAUCAAUAAAUUCAAAUUCUCAUAAAAAUGGAAAAUCUCAAAGAAAAAAAGAUUCCUUAAAAUAUACUGAUGACGAUAAUGAUGACAGUGAAGAGGAUGACAAGCCAUAUUCAAAACAUAGAAAAUAUUCCAAAGAAGAUUCCGAUUCAAGUGCUCAAACAAUUGAGUCAUUACGUACGGUCGAUAAUGUUUCUAGCUAG